GUUCUGUGUGUCUGGUUCCUUCCUUUUCUGCCUCCUCCUCUGCUUUCCAGCUCUGGGCCAUUCCAGCUUGUGAAGUCUUGACUGAGAACCUGGAUGCUUCCAGAGACACCCUGAAGAGGCAGAGUGGCUGAGGAGCUUUAGGGCAUUCACAAGGAGAUUCCUAUAGUCAGCUCAGAGCCAGUGACUUGCCUGCUGUUUGGGCAUCCCCCGGUUCUUCCCUUGCUUCAAUCCCUGUUGCUAUGGAGACCAUCAAUGGGACUGAGACCUGGUACCAGAGCCUGCAUGCUGUGCUGAAGGCUCUAAAUGCCACUCUUCACAGCAAUUUGCUCUGCCGCCCAGGGUCAGGGCCAGGGCCAGACAACCAGACUGAGGAGCGGCGGACCAGCCUACCUGGCCGUGAUGACAACUCCUACAUGUACAUUCUCUUUGUCAUGUUUCUAUUUGCUGUGACUGUGGGCAGCCUCAUCCUGGGAUACACCCGCUCCCACAAAGUGGACAAGCGUAGUGACCCCUAUCACGUGUACAUCAAGAACCGUGUGUCUAUGAUCUAAUCCUAGAGGGCCAGGAUCACGGCCGAUCAAGACAUCUGAGGAUUGCUUCUGGGGCCGCCAGAACUCUGCUAUGGACCACACCAUAUCUCAAUAUCCUUAUCUGUAAGAUCAACAAGAAACAGUGUGAAAGGAGAUCAUCAUUAGAGUGGGAGAAGAGGGCCUGGCGGACCUGAGCCUUGUGGAUAAGAAUUUUUUCCAGGCAAAGAUAGACUUGGUUAAUAGCAGGAGCCCAUGAACAAACAUAUAAAAGCAGCAAAAGA